CUUGACUCCUUUCCAAUAACUUUCCUUUCUCUGACUCUCUACUUUCCCAGAAAGCCAAUUCUUAUUCAUCUUUUUCUUCAUUCUUUCUCUCUCUCUCUCCUUUAUUAUUUAUAAAUUAUAACCCUCUUUCUGCUGUUACUAAACCUUCAAGCUCCAAAAGAAAAAGAGAAGAAAAAAAAGAAAAUAUAUUUUUGCCAUUUUGUUCUGUUCUUCAGCUUAAUCAGAAGCUCAGGUAUAUAAGGUUGUCAUAAUUUUAGUGGAAGCUGCUAAUUGGAGAUGAGCAAUCUCAAGCUUGGGGUGGAGGUUACAGGUGCUCAUGACCUUAUGCCAAAAGAUGGGCAAGGUUCAUGUAGUUCCUUUGUGGAACUUCACUUUGAUGGUCAGAAAUUUCGAACAACAACUAAGGAUAAAGAUCUGAGUCCAGUUUGGAAUGAGAAAUUUUACUUCAACAUUACUGAUCCGAGCAGAUUGCCAAACCUGACUCUUGCCGCCUGUGUCUAUCACUAUAACAAAACCACCGGUUCCAAAGUGUUCCUUGGCAAGGUCCAGCUCACUGCAACAUCAUUUGUCCCUUAUGCAGAUGCUGCUGUUCUUCACUACCCUUUGGAAAAGAAAGCUGUUUUUUCCCGCGUAAAAGGAGAGCUUGGCUUGAAAGUAUUUGUUACUGAUGACCCUUCAAUUAAGUCCUCAAGUCCUCUUCCUGAUUUAGAACCAGUUACUAAUGCAGAUCAACACACUGUUCAAGAUCAAACACCAUCAUUCACAAGUUCAAUACUGAAUGUGUUUUCUCGAAAGAAAAAUGAUUCAAGGCACACAUUUCAUACAGUUGCCAAAUCAAAUGAAGAAAAACAGCAUCAAUCUUCUUCUUCAGCAGCUGCCAAGCCGAGUUCAAACUAUAUGACACAUGAGAUGAAAUCUGGAAUGCCGCCUCCUUCGAAAUUCGUGUAUGCAGGUUCAUCUUCUCCUUUUGAUUAUGCAUUGAAAGAGACAAGCCCUUAUCUUGGAGGGGGCCAAGUUGUUGGUGGGAGAGUUAUACGGGGGAACAUGCGCCCCAGCACCUAUGACCUUGUUGAACCAAUGAGGUACCUCUUUGUAAGAGUUGUGAGAGCUCGCGACCUUCCGUCGAAGGAUGUGACCGGAGGCCUUGAUCCGUAUGUGGAGGUAAAGAUUGGAAAUUUCAAAGGAAGAACCAAGCACUAUGAGAAAACUCAAGACCCUGAGUGGAAUCAGGUAUUUGCCUUUUCAAGGGAGAAUCUGCAGUCAAAUGUUCUUGAAGUUGUGGUCAAAGACAAGGAUAUGCUGCUGGAUAAAAAUGUUGGAACUGUGAGGUUUGAUCUCCAUGAUAUUCCUACACGUGUUCCCCCAGACAGUCCAUUGGCUCCCGAGUGGUACCGAUUCGAGAAGGGAGACAAGAAGAAAGGGGAGUUGAUGCUUGCUGUAUGGUUUGGCACACAAGCCGAUGAGGCUUUUCCCGAUGCUUGGCAUUCUGAUGCACUCUCUGUUGAUGGAAGCUCCCCAUUUGCUUAUGCUCAGAUUCGAUCCAAAGUUUACCAGUCACCAAGGUUAUGGUAUGUGCGGGUUAAAGUGAUUGAGGCACAGGACUUGCUGGUGGAGAAUUCUAGAAUUCCAGAUACCUAUGUUAAGGUGCAGCUUGGUAACCAGAUCUUGAAGACUAGGCCAGUUCAGUCAAGCACCAAGACCCCCCUUUCGAUUGAGGACCGUGUUGGUCCCAACAAGGAUGAAACUAUUGGGAAUGUUGUUAUCCAUUUGACCAAGGUUGAGAGGCGUGCUGACGAUAGACCUAUCCGCACUAGGUGGUAUGACCUUGAAAAAUCCAUGUCUUCUGCAAUGGAUAGUGAAGAAGGGAAAAAGAAGGAGAAGGAUAAGUUCCAUAGCCGAAUCCACAUGUGUGUGUGUCUUGAUGGUGGUUACCAUGUUUUCGAUGAGUCAACUUAUUAUAGUAGUGAUCUUAGACCCUCAUUGAAGCAACUGUGGAAGAAGCCAAUGGGAGUCUUAGAACUUGGUAUCAUAAGUGUUGAUGGACUUCAUCCAAUUAAAACCAGAGAGGGAAGGGGGACAUCGGAUACAUACUGUGUGGCAAAAUACGGCCACAAAUGGAUUCGCACCCGAACCAUUUGCGAUAGUCUAAGCCCCAAGUACAAUGAGCAGUACACUUGGGAAGUUUUUGAUCCAGCUACUGUUCUCACUGUUGGGGUCUUUGAUAACGGCCAGCUCAACAGUUCAGACAGUAAUAGAGAUUUGAAAAUCGGUAAAGUCAGGAUCCGUAUCUCAACCUUGGAAUCUGGGCGUGUUUACACUCACUCUUACCCGCUACUAAUGCUGCAUCCUUCGGGUGUGAAGAAGAUGGGUGAAGUCCACUUGGCAAUAAGAUUCUCAUGUUACUCAACACUUGACAUGAUGCAUGCAUACUUUAAGCCGCACUUGCCAAAAAUGCACUACAAAAGGCCACUCAACAUAAUGGAACAGGAGAAGCUCCGGCACCAGGCCGUCAGUGUGGUCGCUGCUCGGCUUAGCCGGGCAGAACCUCCACUUAGAAAGGAGGUAGUUGAGUACAUGUCCGAUACGGACUCUCAUCUCUGGAGCAUGAGGCGUAGCAAGGCCAACUUCUACCGUCUAAUGACGGUGUUUUCGGGGAUGCUGUCGGCAGCAAAAUGGUUGGGGGAAGUUUCCACAUGGAGGAAUCCUGUGACAACAGUGCUGGUGCACAUCCUAUUUCUGAUGCUUGUGUGUUUCCCGGAGCUCAUCCUCCCAACCGUGUUCCUCUACAUGUUUGUAAUUGGGAUGUGGAAUUGGCGGUUCCGGCCUAGAUACCCUCCUCACAUGAACACUAGACUCUCCUAUGCAGAUGCAGUCACCCCGGAUGAGCUUGACGAAGAGUUUGACCCCUUUCCCAGCACAAAGAGCCCCGAUGUGGUCCGGUUCAGGUACGACCGAUUAAGAAGUGUUGCCGGCAGGAUUCAGACCGUGGUUGGUGACAUUGCUACUCAAGGUGAAAGGUUCCAAGCACUGGUAAGCUGGCGAGAUCCUCGAGCCACAACAAUGUUCAUGGUGUUCUGCUUUGUGGCUGCCAUUGUCUUGUAUGUGACACCAUUCCAAGUUCCAAUCCUCUUAACUGGAUUCUACCUUAUGAGGCAUCCAAAGCUUAGGAAUAAGACACCAGCUGCACCGGUUAACUUCUUCAGAAGGUUACCAGCUCUUACAGAUAGCAUGCUGUAGAAUGCACUCCCCUUUUCAUUUUUUUGUCAUGGAUUCUGGUAUCAAAUUUUUGGCAGUGCAUGUAAAAUCUAGUGCCUAUGUGUAUUGUGUUAUGACCCGUGACUUAUAUAUAUUAGCCUUUAGUUUUCUGUAAUUGGAUCUGAUUAGAUGGCUGUAAAAUUGGAACUGAAUCAGCAAUGAAACCAAUUUCACUGCUCUGUUCUUUGAAUACUUUUA